AUGGUAGAGUUCUUCCUCCAAGACCAGCUCCUGAUAUAUGGUAGCGUUCUUCCUACCAAGAACCAUUACUAUGAGGUUAUGCCUCAUCACGUGAUUGUCCACACCAUGUUGAGCCUCUACGCGAUCUUGCUUUCUCUCUUUGUGCACUUGCCCAUCGUACGCUCCAGUCCAUCCCUUUGUUUCCCACGUGAAGAGGACCCUAACGGCGACUUCUACAACCAUUGUUGCAGAGCCCUUAUGAGUGACGUCUUUUCCAUCCAGACAGAUCAUCCUGGCACUUUUUCGCCUUGAAAAAGAGUACCAGGAUGGCCGUAAGGAUGGAAAAAACACCAUCCAUAAUCUUGUAUGAGCAGCGUUAUGACAAAGGCAACCAGUGCUGGGACCCACUGCACUCAUUCGACAAAUGCUGCUACCCGGUUCGCAGUCCAAGCCAAAGAUUUGAGGACGAGAAACGUGUUAUUCGCGGCACUUCUGGCGAACAAUCUGGCAGUUCUGGUGAACGGGAUGACGAGAUGGAAUUUUGGCUUCCAGUAAGAGUCUUAAGGACCACUGAGAAGUCUAAGGGUAACAAGGACACCAGUGACAGUCGUGUUGAAGAAGAGGCAGAGGAACCAACACGAGAAGAAGUAGCUGGAAGAGUUUAU